UCCUUCGGCACGACUUUGUACAAGAGCUGGAUAGGGGACACCACUCCUUGUCUGCAAAGCUCAUCGGAAGUAGCGACACAUUCUGGUAUUGCUUCGGCUGCUCAACGAUUUCUGUUGUUCGCGCGUGUAUCUACGGCCUUAUCAGUCAUCAGAGCUGGAGCAUAUUCUCACAUGCCCAUGAAAAGGUUAUCAAGACUGCCUUGCAUUCAUCCAGACUGGAAAUUCUUAUUGCAGGACGUCAUGGUGCUGUAUAUCAAAUGGACCAGCUGAAUGUCAUCUUCUGAGAACUGACUUUUCUUAGUAAUCACAAAAUCAAACUUCGCCAGUGAUUGGAUAAGCCGUUCAGCCCUUGACGUAGUGCCAAAGAGGAUGCAGGAAUCAGAGGCAGUUACUACUACAGAAACAUUAGUGGUCAAUAUUGAAAAUGUAUUAAAACACAGUGGGAAAUGGGAAGAUUUUCUGGAAUCCUUUGGUUCACAAAGUUCGGACUUUGAUCGUAUACACCUUCUUUUAAACACCAAAGAAGUGGAUGAGCUUAUAGUUCCAAAACUAAUUAAAGAAGGGAAGAGCGUGUUGAAAGCUGAAUCUUUGCGUGCUAUUGGAAAUCAACAUUUUAAGUUGGCUCACUAUGAAAAAGCUCUAGAGUGUUAUUCUCAGGCUAUUUGCUUAGCACCAGCUCCAGAAAAUGACAGCAGCAACUCAUCAGUACUUGCUCUUAGUUUUGGAAAUAGGUCUGCUGCUUUUUUUCAUUUGAAGCAGUUUACCCUGUGUCUUCAGGACAUCGAGAAUGCUUUAGAAGUUGGAUUCCCUACUGGCAGUGUGUACAAACUUUUGGACCGUAAAGGCAAGUGCUGCUUGUUUUUGAAACGCAAGCAUGAGGCCAUUGAAGCAUUUGAGCAAGCCAAACUAUCCCUCGAGGAGAGUAUGGGGAUUCAAGAUAAAGGGAAAGAAGAUAUGAGAUCACUCAUCAACCAGUUUAUCAAAAAAUGCCAAACUUUGUCAGAUGUUUCCAACACUGCAGAGAAAGUAGAAAUGUAUGUUCACACAGAAAUACCAUCGCUACCUGUUUAUAACUAAGAUACCGUGUGCUGCAGACUUUGUUCAGCUUGCUAUGAUGAGAGGAGAGGCCGAGGACUGUAUGCAGCUCGGGCCAUCAAGGUUGGUGAGGUGCUCAUUGUAGAAAAGCCCUAUUCUUCUGUAGUUCUCUCAGAUCAUACGUUGACUCAUUGCCAUCACUGCUGCCUACGCUGCUUUGUUCCACUACCAUGUCAUCACUGUUCAGAUGUUGUUUUCUGCAGCAAAGCAUGUCGCAAGGCAGCAUGGGAGUUGUAUCAUGCAGUAGAGUGCAGCGUUGUGAAAACCUUGCAUGAAGCGGAUGUUAGACUGGGACAUUUGGCAUACAAAAUGGUAGCUAAAGCAGGUUUUGAUUACCUACUAAGAGAACGAGAAAAUUUGGAGCAUCCAAAUCAGCAGGACCUAUCACUUCUGGGCUGUGAUCAGAAUGGUGUGUAUGAUUCUGAAAACUAUGCCACCAUGUACCACUUGGUUAACCACAGUGAGAAGCGUUCACCAAAAGAUUUGUGGCCUCGUGCAGUAAAUGCUGUGUUUCUGCUAAAAAGCUUGAUGCAGAUGUCAUUUUUCCCUCCGUAUACAGAAGAUGAAGGAGAAGCACAAAAGAGGACACAUGAUGCUUGCUAUAUUGGAGGUCACAUCUUAAGACAUCUGCAGAUGCUACCAUGCAAUGCCCAUGAAGUCUCAGAAAUGCAGGUGAAUAUUCAAGAACCUUCUCAGUCUCAGACACUAGAGAUUGGCUCUGCUAUCUAUCCUGUGCUAAGUUUGAUUAACCAUUCGUGCGAUCCAUCUGUUGUGCGCCAUUCCUAUGGUGACGUUUGCAUUGUCCGAUCGAUCCGCAACAUUUCAAAAGGUGAGGAAUUGCUUGAUAAUUAUGGAGCUCUGUAUCCUGUCAUGGAGUAUCCUGUCCGUCAGAAGCACUUGAAGAAACAGUAUUUUUUCGACUGCCAGUGUGAAGCUUGCAUAAAGAACUGGCCGCUAUAUGUGGAUAUCCCAAAAGAUGUGAUCAACUUCUACUGUGAAAGGUGUCAUGGCUGUGUGCCAGUGCCCAGUCUGGGACAAGCUAGGCAGAUGGAAAGUAUGGCAUGCAAAGAGUGUGGUCACCACCAGAACAUAAGGGGCCAGAUCUUAAAAGUAGGAGGUCUGGAGGAGGGAUAUCAGGAGGCACUACACAAAGUGAUCUUUGGACUGGAUGUAUCACGAGACACUCUAGCCCGUCUUGUCCAGUACUUGCGUGUGGUAGACAAGCAUGUGCAUCGACCUUUCAGCAGCCACAAUGACUGUCAGGAAGCUAUAAAGAUGUGCUAUGCUUACAAAGCUAAUGCCUUCCCACGACUUAAGAUAUCAGAACAAAAGUAAUUCUCAUCAUGUGUUGUGUCCCCCCACUGCUCUGAUGUCACAGCAUUAAUUUUUGGGCAUUUUACAGUUUUUUUCUAAUUUUUCAUUUCUCUCUCUUUUUUUGGUUUGGGGGGGUGGUGGUCGUGUGUGUUUGAGAAAGAGAGGCUUUAAACAUGUACAUACAUACCUGUCUUUUGACUGGCUGAAAAGCAAAUUGUGUUCAAAUAGCUGCCACAAGAAAGGUUACUUUUUCAUGGAUUUUAAUAUGCAUGCAUUACAGAAGCUAAGUAGUGCAUGUAAUUUUGUCCUUUUGGCAAAUUAUGCUACUUUUUGUAGCAUUUGUUAAAGUGUUCAGUUUGCUUUUGGUUGUACUUUGGAAAAUUUUACUUAAAAAAAAUAGACUGAAAAUCAAAAGUUCUUAUUAAAUAUACCUUUGAUGAUUUUUCUCAGGAGUGUGUCAUAUAAAAGAAGUACUUAACUUAUUAUUUACAGGCACAUGUUUUAAGGAGGUCUGAGAUUGUAUGAGUUUUUCAAUAUAUGUCAUUGAAUCAUUAUAGCCAAAUUUGUAUAGUAGCAAAGUUUGUAAGAUGUGUUGAUAUGGUAUAUUGUGUUCAAACAUUUGGUAAAGGCCUUUGGAUUUCCUAAAUGGCUGAUAUGGACUGUAAAUAAAAUCCAGGCAACUUCUUGUUUCUGUUAAGCAUCAGGUAAGAUUUGUGUUCUGUUUCCUAAUUUUCAGAAGUAGUAGUUUAGGUUUCUAUAUUUAAAACAUAGUAUUCAACAGAUUGAGUAUGCUGAUAUGUCAGCUCUGUGCAACAGACAUUUCCACAGAGAGCUUGAUCAAAUUAAAUGUUAACCUAAAUGUUUAGUUGACAGAAAUUUAUUCUAUGUAACUGUAGAUGUUCAGUGGUAAAUUUUAAUUUUCUUAUAACCAUACUAGUAGUGGGACAAAACUGCUUAUUUAGAUCAAGAGGGAAAAACCUUGUUGAAAAACAUGCUUUAAUAACAGGAAUGCUUUUGGAUAAUGAAUAAAGACUUUUUGUCUUCCGUUUCAUGUGAAGUUACACUGAUAUUUUCUGAUAGAAAGUUUUUACUUGGCUGUCUGUGACAACUGCUGCUUUAUGUGAAGCAUGGAAAAAGUUGACAAAACGUUACUGCAGCUUUUGGUGAUCGUGUUUGGUAUAACUUUGAGUCUGGAGAACACAAAUCAUUGUUUUACAAUGUAUUCAAACAUACCACUCAAACAGCUCAGAAUGUGUUUUUCAUGGCAAUAUAUGCUUGGUUGUUGUCUGGUAUUUAGAUAGUAGGCAUGCUAACAUUUUGUGAUGUCAGUGUAUUAAUAUUUAUAUGAAAUCAUGUUUUGGUAAAAUUGUGAAAUAAUAUAUAACUAAAAUUUGUCUGAGUACCUGUAUUUUUUAGGAGCUUUCUCUUUACAAAUACCUCAGACCUUUGGUCAGCUGAUCUUACCAGUCCUGUCUGAAAGUAUCAUUUUACGAAUUGUUGGUAUUUUGAAGGGGAAAAUCUCCACGGCUACUUGAAAAAAAAUGUUUGGUUGUAAUGCCAAUACGUGUAGUGUGUACAUGCAUGCUUCAUGAUGAUGACUGCUAUGAGAAAUGACCGCUUUAUUAACAGAAUGCUUACAGCAAUAAUCUUGAAGAUGUUGUAUUGCUUUUGUAAAGGAAAAUUUUCAUUGUUGAUGGGGACUUCCUUGUGGUGGGGCUUGCAUGUCAUUUGUCAUUAUGAAACAGAAUGGUUCAGUCCCCAAUGCAGUUCUGUUUCAUGAUAGACAUGCUAAAAGAGCUACUUGGUAAAAGCAUACCAAAAAAUUGCACAUACAAUCUUGGCUCCAAUUGUUUGGCAGCAGAUCAAAUUUCCCAAUUGUAUACCAUGUACAGUAUACACUGUACACCUGUAAAAUAAUAGACAACUUUAUGAUCUUGAACACAUGCAUAUUUGCAGAUCACACAUGCACACAGAUGUGCUGACAUCUAUACUAUCAUAAUUCAUACUUACAAAAUAUAUUUAUAUUCUGAUAUUCACAAACAAGAAUACAUAACAUCAGUAAAGUUGAUUGCUUUUUAUCCCAGAAUCUGCAAAUAAAGCACAUCCGUGUGUUAGGAAGUGCCAGUUGUUUCCUGUUUAUCAACAACUGCAGUUGUGUGUUAGUUACAUUGGAUACCAGCUAGUAUUGUGUUUGUUCUGUAGUUAAAAGUUGGCAAAUAAAGAGUGUGUAGUGUU